AUGUCAACACCAGACAUUGGACCAAUUCGGGCAAUUUUCGGCUAUCCAAGUUACAUGUACAAUUGCUCAAAUCGAACGGCCGAGCAAUGGGCAAAAGAGGGAACACAAUGGCCAGCGUUGGGCAUGUUUUUGGCAAUCCUGGGCACAUUUUAUUUCGGUCUCUAUGUUCCGAGUUUUUAUGCGAUCAUCAAAUGUCGACUCACCAGUCAUUCUUGCUAUAGAAUUAUGUCCGUUUUAAUUUUCGCUGAUGUUCUCAAUGUCAUCUCUGCUUCGUGGUUCAACGCAUAUAUGGCGGUAAUUGGUGGAGUUUUUUGCACGAAUCCCUUUUGGUCGUAUCUCAAUGGAAUGUUCACAAUUUCGGUUUGGAACUUUGCCUGCUAUCACUAUGUCCUUUUGGCGGUCAAUCGUUUAUGCGUGAUCACAGGCUUUCGAAAAAUCGAUUGGUUGUUUGAGCGUUGUGGUGGUUAUAUUCUGUGGCUGGUGCCGGCUGUGAUCUAUGCAAUUCAUAACGGAGUGCUCAACAAGCCAUUUUGCUUCAAUUCACGCGUCUUUGCUGUCAUUCAAUUCCCGUUCAUUCAAGAGCCAACAGCAGUGACCCCACAGGAUAUGAUUCUUUACGACAAUUGGACGCAUGCCUGGAACAACACGGGUACCGGUGUCCUUCUCAUCAUCAUCUACGCUUUCAUUUCGCUUUUCGUCAUUUGUAAAAAGGAUUUUCGUGUAUCGAGAGAUGAAAUGGGGCUUCUCCUCCAGUCAAUUCUCAUCACCAUUCCCACCUUUUUGGGCACAGUUGUCUUCUCAACUUUCCUCAUAAAGACCUCUUCGAAAAUGUCCGAUGAAGGCCCAUCUGAUGCGAAGCGAGCCCGUCCGGAGGAUAUUGUUUUUCGGGUUAUCUCCAAGGAAGACAAGGAAUUCACCCUGUCGAAGAAAGCGGCGCAAGUCUGUGGAACCAUCAAUCACUAUGCUGAGAACACCGGUUUGACAGACGAUGAGGCGAUCUCGAAAAUGGAACCGAUGGCUCUUCCAAAUGUUUCCAGUGAAAGCCUUUAUUAUAUCAUUCGUUGGUGUGAACAACACCGCGACUGUCCGGCUUGGCAAGAAGAGAAAUGGUGGGAAAACAAACGCGAUGCUGAGUUGACGAAAUGGGAGAAAGAAUUCAUGGCCGAGCUGACUUCCGAGACUUCCGAGGCGCUUCACGAUGUUUACUUGGCCGCCAACUACAUGGACAUCAAGUGCCUUCUCGAUAAAUGCGCUCAAACAAUCGCCGAUAUGAUCAAGGAAAAAUCUCCGGAAGAGAUCCGCGAGAUUUGGGGAUUGGAGAACGACUUCACUCCCGAAGAGGAAGAGGCAUUCAAGAAUGAGGACCCCUGGAAGGUGAUUUUUGACUAUCAAGAGAAACUCGAUAGAGAAGAGGAAGCAGCCGCUGAACAAGGAUCGUCGUUGGCUCUAGUC